CGAGGCUGCAAGAGGACGCAUCGGGAGCGGUGAUGGCUGAGUGACAUUUGAAUCCUCGUGUUUGUAUUAUUUAUUCGUGCACAGCAGUCGGCGAUGUGCAACCCGUCGAGGACAGAGUCGGACUGCUCUUUGGUUUUGUUUCUCUCGAACAUGGAGCCUGGAGUGCCCUUUGGACGGACUUUGCGCUGUGAAGUUGUUACUGUAUGGAGGCGAUCGGAACAUUUAUUUUGAAAUAAUACACCCGGCUUCGGCUGUGAGUAAGAGAGCUGCUGUUGGCUUUAAAUAGCCGUUACCUCAAAUUACAGCUGUUUGGGACCUACAAACAGGGCAGAAAUGGGAGCUACUGAGACACUGAGGAAUUAAGUUACUGCUACCUCUUCAACACUGCAGCUCAAAUGAUGUCAUAUCUAAUUUACAAUGCCAGGGGCCAAAUGUCCAACCCAGGAUUUGUUUGCCUCAAACAUCUAAUCUUUCAGCAUGCAUCGUGCAGGGAUGGUGAUUUUUGCGCGAGGCUGCAACACACCAGCCUUCUAGAUUGUAAGCGAGUGGUUAUAAUGUAGCACAACUCCGCAGUAUGACUUGAAGGAACUCUCGCCAACCUGCACAUGUUCAGGGAUGGAUCUCAAGAACUUCACAGCUGUCAUCGACAGUGGGUUUUUGGAUGAGGCACCCUCAAGACGCGUCCUAACCGGCUGCUUCCUCUCGCUGCUCAUCCUCACCACCUUGCUUGGAAACACUCUAGUUUGUGCGGCUGUCACCAAAUUUCGACACCUUCGCACAAAAGUGACCAACUUUUUUGUGAUCUCCCUGGCUGUGUCAGACCUCUUGGUUGCCAUCUUGGUGAUGCCGUGGAAGGCGGUGACAGAAAUUGCUGGGUUCUGGCCAUUUGGCUCCUUUUGCGACACCUGGGUGGCUUUUGACAUUAUGUGCUCCACAGCGUCCAUUUUGAACCUUUGUGUGAUAAGCUUGGACCGCUACUGGGCCAUCUCUAGCCCCUUUCGCUACGAAAGGAAGAUGACACCCAGAGUCGCCUAUGUGAUGAUAAGUGUAGCCUGGACGCUGUCUGUCCUCAUUUCCUUCAUCCCAGUGCAGCUCAACUGGCACAAGGCCCAAACUGAAUCUUACAAAGCUAUCACCGGGUCGUCUGGCUCUUCAGGUUUAAAUGCUACAACUUACCACAGCCCGGAGAACUGUGACUCGAGCCUUAACAGAACCUACGCCAUCUCAACGUCCUUGAUAAGCUUUUACAUUCCUGUCGCCAUAAUGGUGGCAACAUACACCCAGAUCUACCGAAUUGCCCACAGACAAAUUAGGAGGAUAUCUGCCCUGGAGCGGGCAGCCGAAAGUGCCAAAAACAGACAUGAUAGCAUGGGCGGAGGAUCCAGCAUCGCAGAGUCCGAGAGCUCUUUCAAAAUGACAUUCAAGAGGGAGACCAAGGUGCUGAAGACUUUGUCGGUCAUCAUGGGGGUGUUUGUGUGCUGCUGGCUUCCGUUCUUCAUCCUAAAUUGCAUGGUGCCCUUCUGCGAGCAGUCGAGUGGAGGGGAGGCUUUUCCCUGCAUCAACUCCACCACGUUUGACGUGUUCGUGUGGUUCGGCUGGGCUAAUUCCUCCCUCAACCCCAUCAUCUACGCCUUCAAUGCAGAUUUCCGCAAGGCCUUUUCCAUCCUGCUGGGCUGCCACAGACUGUAUCCAGGAGGCCACAAUAUAGAGACGGUCAGUCUAAACAAGAAAUGACUCAUGACUCUCUCACAGCACUGACUCAUCCUCAAUGCUAAGAGUCCAAGCAUUCCUGUUGAGGCCGGUCUUAUCAACUUCAAACGAGGACACUGCUCUCUGUGCGAACUCUUUGCGUGACUGGAGGAUACGGUGACCCUCCAUGUACCCGUGUUUGCAUCCGGCGAGAAGCCCACCUUUGUGCAGACAGUCAGAUGGAGCUUUCCAUGUUCAUUACGGUCGCUACACCGUCUUCAAAUUGUAGAAGCUCCAGGAAGAGCAGAGGGAUUUGGGGUGUUGAGAUUAAGACUCUCCGCUGCUGUGCCAGGGAGUACAGCGGUGCUGACAUGCCUCUGGGAUAGAUAAUCCCAUGACUGGGCAGCACACUCCCUAAUGCUGUCAGACACUGCUCUCUUCAAUACCAUCACGCACACGUACCCAAACACAAACAGCGUCAAAACAUGCCCCUCUAAAUACAGUGUAGUUGCAGCACUCAGCAUGAAUACUACGACAAAUUAUACGACAGCACCUGGAAAUAUUUGUAAUCAUUUUGUUAACAUCCGGGGCUCUGCAAGGGUUCCCUUUGGUAAAGCAUCAAACCAAAUCAUAUUUUCACAGAGAGGUACAUGUAGGGUUAAUUCCAUCCACAAGCAACUGUUAUUUAUGUCUCAGAGUUGUUAUUUAUAUCUCAUCAAAAUGAGAUGUUAUCAGUAUAAUUUUAAAUCAACUGUCCUCAACAGACUCAAUUAUUUGUUUCACUGCUAUGAAGUGUUUUAUUGAUGAGUGUCUCCUAUUACGUUGUGUCCUGUAUUUUUCACAAAUAAUCCUUGAAAGCAAAAGGAAAAAAUGAAAUACAAACUAAUUUGGUUGAAUGAAUGUUCAGUUGCUUUUAUUUUGUUAGUUUGAAACCUGGGAUCCCGAUUGUCUGACUGCUGGUAACUGAUAUUGUGAGUUUUUAUUUUCUUUUAGUGAUGUCAUGUGUUCCAAGGUCCCAGGUCUAAAAUAAGGUUUUAACAUUGAGGACAAUAUGUUGCCUCAUAGUGACAAGUCUCCAGGAAAUCACUUCACCUGGUCAAGGAAAUCUUCCCACAAAAAACAUAUCUUAAAAUCACCACUUACUAUUUAUACUUCAAUCAUUUGGGACAUGUUUAUUAGUAAGCUUUAGCGGUGCUGGUACAUUUUUAUCAAACCUUUUGACAGAGCACAGCCAAAGCUAAUGUGAAGCUAAUCACUGGUAUCAAACUUCUCAUCUAACUCUGUAAUAUCAUCAAAUUUCUGUUGAAACCCUGAAAAUAAGACCCAGGAAUGAUCCUCUCAAGACAAGUAUCAUCGUGGAAUGUGAACAAGAAGCAAGGACAUCGUUAUCAACCAUUACCUCUGAUUGGUUUGUACUGUGUUUUGUUUAAAGUACUGACUUAAUCUUGUAUAGCUACAGUGAGCAUUAAUGACAUAAACAAAAGAUGGCGUGUGUACGUGACUGUAAACAAUCUCUUUAGAGUAUUCAGUUGUUAUAGAGGUGUGGCCAGUGCAUUGAUAUUAUUUUCAUUACAACUUCAGAUGACAGUGUGUGCUUCAGCCAUGAUGAAAUAUGUCAGUGGACAGCUUAAUAAAAGUGUACUUGUCCGGUUU